AUGUUCCUAUUGCCUAGCAGGGCUAAUUUAGCCUUUUUCAAAACUACAGGCGUUUUUGCUAGAUUUCCUUUGCUAAAUAGAACCAUUUCAACUUCAUCAUCUUUCCUUUCGUAUAAACUAUCAAAGGAUGUAACUAGGGUAUCAACUUCGCCUCCAAGGCCAAAGAGAAUUGUUGUUGCGAUUACUGGUGCGACUGGUGUUGCAUUGGGAAUCAGACUUCUUCAAGUGCUAAAAGAAUUGAGCGUGGAGACUCAUUUGGUAAUAUCAAAAUGGGGUGCAGCGACAAUGAAAUAUGAAACAGACUGGGAACCGCAUGACGUGGCGGCCUUAGCAACCAAAACAUACUCGAUUCGCGAUGUUUCUGCAUGCAUUUCAUCCGGAUCUUUCCAGCAUGAUGGUAUGAUUGUGGUGCCCUGUUCUAUGAAAUCGCUAGCUGCGAUCAGAAUCGGUUUUACAGAGGAUCUAAUUACAAGAGCUGCUGAUGUUUCGAUUAAAGAGAAUCGUAAGUUACUACUAGUUACUCGGGAAACCCCUUUAUCCUCUAUCCAUCUUGAAAACAUGUUGUCUUUAUGCAGGACAGGUGUUAUAAUUUUUCCUCCGGUACCUGCAUAUUAUACAAGACCCAAGAGCAUGGAUGACCUAUUGGAGCAAAGCGUUGGUAGAAUCCUAGACUGCUUUGGUAUCCACGCUGACACUUUUCCCCGCUGGGAAGGAAUGAACAGCAAGUAG